AUGGGUCGGAAGAGCACUUGCCUGUUGGUGGUGAAUGGCUAUCGUUACGGGUUCAAAUACUGUUUUGCGAACAGUACUAAGAAGCAUUGGAAGUGUACUAAUCAUAAGAAGUCUUGCAAGGCUACCGUGUUUACCGAUGGGGACGAGGUAGUGUUCUCAAAAGGAGAGCAUAAUCACGAACCGCCUGGGUCCAUGUAUUCAUACGGUGAAGCAGAGUAUACGUAUUUUACUUCAGUGAGAGGAAAUCGUAUGCUUAUGUACGAUGGCUACAAGUACACCAUGACGCGUGAUAAGCGCCACAAACCUCAAACUGGUAAAAUGAGAUGGAGAUGUUCCACACAUCAUAACUUUGGCUGCAAAGCAGUAUUGUUCACUAUAGAGGAACAUGUUGUGUCUUCUGCCAACCGUCAAGAGUUGACGUACCUCACUGCUCGAGGGGGUUGCAAGCUACUUAGCUUUGGAGGGAACACUUACAGCCUUAAGCAGCGUUCUGGAGAAAAGAAUAUUUGGAGAUGUUCUAAAUAUAAUUCACGUGGGUGUAAAGUAACUGUAGUAAUGGUCGGUAAUGAAAUCAUGUAUGUUAAGAACUCUCAUAGUCACGAGGCUCCUAUCUCCUGCGACAUGUUAGAAGGUGCCAACACUCAAGGAUUGACUUUCGUCACGGCUCGACGAGGUUGCAAGCUUCUCAGCUAUGAAGGGUACACCUACAGCUUUAAACACCGUAACGGAUUAAGGAUUCAGUGGAGAUGUUCUAAAUACUUCUCCCGCGGGUGUAGAGUGACGGUUGUAACGCUCGGUGACUCUAUCGUGUCUAUUAACAAUACACAUAGCCAUGAGGCACCUUUAUACCUACCAUACUACAUGUGA